AUCACCACCAACGGGUCGCUCUUUUCUGUUCAUUCGCGUUUUCCCGUUUUUCUCUGAACAUAAUUAAUGCCUCUUUUUUGAUUUCCAGAUACCCAGGUGUGUUGCGGCGAUUUGAGGCGAGGAAGAAACAAUUGCGCGGCGCUCCACACCCAACAAUUAUCUAGUCAUACAGAUGAUUGCCCAUUAGCUUCGCACAACAUAUUACCAUGGCAGACGCGGUUCGAGACUUCUCCGAUGAAACGCCCGCAUCGCCGACGCAAGACACUCUCUAUGAUGUCGAAGCUGCUGAAUCAAUUGCUAUCAAUACUGGCGGUGGAGAUGGUAGGAGAGCUUCAGUUCGCUCAGAAAGGUCGGGCUCUAGAAUCCAUGCUUCCCCAAAUCUCAAGCGUCGGCGGACUCGAUCGAAUACCGUCAAUACAUUUCAAACGAUUGAAGAAGCUCGACCAAGCUGGCAUCCAGGACAGGAGCCUGGUUUGGACCCCUCCAAGCCCAACGGUGGACGAUCGCAGACCCCAACAUUACACGAAGAAUGCCAAAUCACGAUUGUAGACUUCAGCGAGGAGGACAUGGUCAUGUACGAUUUCUACAAGAAUGAAGACUUUCUAGUUUUCCUCGAUAAGCCGCAGGAAAGCUGGGUUAAGUGCCGAUGGAUCAACGUGAAUGGGCUUAGCUGGGAUGUGAUUCAAGCUUUGGGGAAGCACAAAAAGCUACACAGGCUCGCAAUUGAGGAUAUGAUCAAUACCAAUAACCGUACCAAAGCUGAUUGGUGAGCGCCAUUCUCUGGUACCAAUUCUGUCAUGUGGCUAACCUCAUCCCAGGUAUACUGAUCAUACAUUUAUUGUUUUGACCCUCCAAAAACUGGUUCAUCUCCAUCCUGAAGGCAGCGAAAGCGAAUCCGAGUCAGAGGACGAGAGAAGUACAAUUGGCAGGAAAAGAAAACGAAAGGGUUUCAUAGGAGGCUUGGGGAAGCUCUUGACCGGAUCGAAAGCAAAGGAGAAGUUGAGCGAGAAACAGAGAACGGCAGAUUUAGUAGCCGGAGUGCACGAUCCAAAGAAUGGUUUUAUAACAGCCCACACAAACGGGCAAGACGGUGCCCGGAUGCAGAAACUUCGGACUCUUCAACGAUACCACGGCGGUCCAAAUCAAGAACGAAUGGCCUUUAUGGAGGCUCAAUCCCCGUUGACCAGGAGGAAACUGGCUGUCAGCGCUGAGCAGGUCUCCAUCUUUCUUACAGCCGGUAAUACUUGUCCAGGUAAUCUUUCAAGCACCACUAACGAUUCUUCCAGAUAAUACUGUAAUAUCAUUUUUCGAAUCAUCAGCUGAUGAUAUCGAAAUCCCUAUAAUACACCGACUUAGUACACCAGAUACUCUUCUCAGGAAAUCCUGUGACGCUUCUAUGAUCACACAAGCCAUUAUUGACGCUAUCAUCGAUCUCGCUAUUCCUGUAUCCACCGCAUAUCAGGACGUUAUAGGAGAGCUUGAAUUAGAUGUUUUGACCGAGCCGUCAAUCAAACAAAGUAAAACCCUUUACGUUAUCACAUCAGAGAUCACCAUGAUGAGGGCAUUCGUUAGUCCCAUUGUUAAUCUAAUAGACGCUCUUCGAGACCAUAAAACUGGUGGAUUUGGUCCUCAGCUUGGCAUCAGAAGCAAUUCACAAGGAGUGACUGCAGCGGUCAAAAUAAGCCCAAUGGCUCAGACCUAUCUAGGUGACGGUAAGACAACCUACGCUGGCUUCACGUACACCUCCUAAAAACCCGUUGCACUUGAACGACCCGCUUGAAGCAUUUAUGCCGACGUUCCAGGAUAAUUGGCUUCAGUGCCUCUCUACUAGCCCAAAUGUUUUGAGGCAAUGAAGUUCAUUGUUCCAGGACUUGUAUCAGAAUGAGAUUUCUUCCAUAUUCUCAUUUGCUUCAGGCUGUUUUACUAACAUCAACCAGUUCUUGACCACUGCAUGCUAAUAACGGAGUCCCUUGAUCAAAUGCGACGAUCAUGCGACAACAUGAUUGAUUUGAUUUUCAACACCAUUUCGGCCUAUCAAAAUGAGUCUAUGAAGCAGCUCACGGUUGUCACAAUAAUUUUCCUUCCUUUGACAUUCCUUACAGGUUAUUUUGGAAUGAACAUUGAGGACUUUCCGGCAAUUCAACACAGCGAGAGUUAUUUCUGGACAAUCGCUCUACCAGUAGCAUUCGUUACAACUGUCUUCUUGAUGAGAGAUUUCUUGAGGUGGUGGUUCGUGAAAAUCAUUCAGAGGCGAGGUAUUUCUAAAAGUCGAAAGCAUCGAUUAAACAGGGAGGCAUUUGCCAAGAGGAAUUCGUAA